GGGAGGCGGGGGCUGCGUCCUCGGCGCAGCCGGCGGGAUGCAGGCGGUGGGCGGAGGGCCGGGCUGCGGCUGCAAGGGGAUCCGCUCCUGCCUGCUCUGCGAGGGGCCCGCGCCGGCCGCUCCGCCCCCGCAGGGAGAAGAUAAUUUCACUUACUGUCCAGCAACAGGCCUAGCUAAAGGAAAUGAGCGCUCGGAAUUUGCUGGCUGGGCAUUUCCCUUUCCAGGGGUGUUCCUGGUGGAGGAGUUCAUUAGUGAAGAUGAAGAGUGUGAGAUAGUGGAACUGAUGGAUCGAGAUGACUGGAAACCAUCACAGUCUGGCCGAAAGAAACAGGACUAUGGACCCAAAGUGAACUUCAAGAAACAAAGGCUGAAAGCUGGCAGCUUUACUGGCUUGCCAAGUUUCAGCAGGAAGAUUGUGGCACAGAUGAAGGCCUGUGCUGUGCUCAGUGGUUUCUUACCUGUGGAACAGUGUAACUUGGACUACAGGCCAGAGAGAGGCUCUGCCAUCGACCCCCACUUUGAUGACUGGUGGCUCUGGGGGGAGCGCCUGGUCAGCCUGAACCUGCUCUCAAAAACUGUACUCUCCAUGUCCUGCGACUCAGAGGACCCAAUCCAAUUAUUUCCCAUUUCCAAUGAGGAGCAAUCUGCAUCUUUCACUCAGAAAUCAGCGUGCAGAAGUCCAGGAGGAGAGGGAACCGAGUGCUUUUUGUCGCCAAGGCUGGUUCCGGGGAAGGAGGUGAGCGUGGCCAUCCUCUUGCCCCAGAGGUCGCUGGUGGUGCUGCACGGGGAUGCGCGCUACAAGUGGAAACACGGCAUCCGCCGCAGGCACAUCCAGCACCGCCGCGUCUGCAUCACCUUCAGGGAGCUCUCUGCCGACUUCUGCGCCGGGGGCAGGCACGAGGAACUGGGCAAAGAACUGCUACAAAUUGCUCUUUCCUUCCAAGGGAGACCCGUGUGACCACGAGGUUGGGUUUUGUUGGGAGAGGUAAAAUGAGGUAUGGAAUUUGUAUGAUGAGGUUUAUUUCUGAGGUGGGGUAAGGAACCAGGUGUGUGCAGAGAUAAGCUCAAUAAAAUGAAGAUUUAACAAACAA